AUGCGACCACCACGCCUUCUCGUGGCUCUUUUUUGCCUAAUCUUCUUCCCUAUCUUUGUUACUUUGUUCUCAGCGCUCUCCUCAUCUAACGUAGCGACUCCCACUACACUUGCUGGUCGGCAAUCCAGACUACAUGCCCUCUUUUCAUUCAACAUCCCGACCUCACUUUUCCCUCCAUCUGCUAUCAUCAGCCUGACCGAUGACAACUCAACCUUCUUCCUAGCCCGCCCGGCGGCAUUUGGUCCGCUAUUACCCAGCAAAAGCCUAAGCGGGCAACUGUGGGUGGGCAGUGGCUUUGGGGAAGGAGGGUUGGCUGCUGGCGUCGAGGGGGAAUUAGGUUGCUCCGAUAUCCCUGGCUGGGGCGAGGGAAAUGGCCAUAACCAGCCGGACACCUCCCCCAGGGGCGCAGAGCAGAAAUCCGGCAAGCCCGGAGGUGGUACAGCGAAAGAGGGGACAGUUCCACAAAUUUCACGGUCGCCAUCACAGCCUGAGGUUUGGCAGAAUGCCAAAGAUGAUGCCUCCGUUACCCCCUCAUCGAGUGACGGCACCGACGAUCACCUUCACCACCCUUUGCCCGAAUCCAGCGGGUCGGAGAACGGGGUAACCCAAAAAUACGGAGACUACGUGCAAGCCAAGAAGUCCACCCACGCGGAUAUCCAGUCCCUACAAGAAACCGCCGAGAUCCAAGGCAAAGUUGUCUUGCUCAGCCGCGGCGGUUGUGGAUUCCUUGAGAAGGUCAAAUGGGCCCAGCGCCGAGGAGGUAUCGCGUUAAUUGUAGGAGAUGAUACCCGCGGUGGAAGCUUGGUUACCAUGUAUGCUCGGGGCGACACAUCUAAUGUGACGAUUCCUGCCCUCUUCACAUCUCAUACGACUGCCCACCUUCUUUCAUCAUUGAUACCGGCGCACUCUGGGGUCAAUUCUGGCCUGGGCGAAGCGUUGAAGUCCCUCCAGACUAAUCUUGCCGGCCAAGUCAAUGCGGACUCUCAAAAAUCCGCGACCACGACGACUGCGCUUGCAAGUUCCACACCCACAUCAACCAAAACCUCAACGAAGGAACGGCCUACUUCUGCUACAAAACAAGGUGGUGGAUUCUUUCGUACUCUUGGGUCCUUUUUUGGACUCUGUAAUAAAUACAGCGGCUCCAAGGGUGUUGAAGGUAGCCGACGUCCGCCAACCAGUGGUAACAUUGACUGGAUGACAUGGGACGUCACUGAAGCCCGAGUUGACCGUGCUAAGAAUUCCUUGACAUACAACGGCCAAAACGAAGAUAAGGCCGAUGAUAAAUUGGAUAGCAACAAGGUUGGGUUGGUCGCUGACUCCUUUGAGGCCGAUGAUUUUGUUAUUGGCGUUCAAGACUGGAGAGACCCUGACUUGAUGCCCCCAAGAGGCAGCGCUCUCCCGAUACCAAGUACGUCUGCAACCGGAAGGGAUGCCUCCAAGACAUCUACUUCAGAAUCAGAGGCGGCAUCCUCCAAUACCUUGCGUGGUGGUAGUAUCACCCCUGGAAGUGGAGAGUACCAAAGCAUCGACAAAUCCACCGGGAAAUCUCGAGACGCAACAACUAAAAACUCUGGGAAAGAUGUACAUGCGACUAAAGAAGAACCAAACUUUUCUGACAAGGGCUGGUUCGCCAGUCAUUUUGGCUGGGGCGAUGAUCCCAAGCAGGAUGUCCAGCCGUCUGCUUCGCCUUCUGUACAAAAUGUCGUCCCCAACCAGAAGAUUCAGAAUGCGGCACAUUCCUCGAGUACCCCAGCUACCAUGUUCUCUGAGCACGAAGGUCUCUGGGUAACCUUGACACCAACAAGCAUGUCGACGAGUCCAUUUUUCGAUACCCUUCUGGUCCUCGUCAUCAGUCCUCUGUUAACACUCACAGUGGUGUAUGCACUGCUCCUUCUCCGAUCACGCAUGCGACGGCGCCGCUGGCGUGCACCGAAGUCUGUUGUUGAGCGACUUCCAGUUCGAACCUACCAUACCAUCUCUAAUAGCUCCUCAUCCUCAAGCUCGCCGCGUCCAUGCAGCCCUGGCGCCGCCUCGCCGACUUCUCCUCUCCUCAAUAACGAUUGCCGAUCGAGUCCACCACGACCAACCCGAACGCGAUCCCAGACUAUCACGGGGGUAACAAUGGAUGCUGGAAAUACAAGGGAAGAAAAAUCAACUAGUUUCCAGUCAGGCUCGGUUUUAUGGCGACGCAAGUAUACUGGUAGACAAGUGGAGUGUGUUGUUUGUCUUGAGGAAUAUAUCGACGGACAAAGCCGGGUAAUGAGCCUACCUUGUGGCCAUGAAUUCCACGUUGAAUGCAUUACCCCUUGGCUUACCACCCGUCGAAGAACUUGCCCUAUCUGCAAGGGUGAUGUUGUACGUUCGAUGGCCCAUUCGAGUGAUGACUAUGCCCGCUUUGAUAGUGAGCAGUCCGCCGGUCUUGAUGACCAAGAAAUAGCUUCUUCAGGUGAUGCAUCAUCUGCGCCUGUUCUGAUUACGGGUAUCAGUGACGACGCCUCAGACGUUGAAGAGAACCAAGGUCUUCUUGGAGGUCACUCAGCUUCUGCACCACAAGCAAGCUGGAGAAAUCUAGCUUCCUUGAGUCUAUCCGCUCUUAGUGGUGAUACCAUCUGGCACCAGGCUCGUGCUGACCGGAAUCGCUAA